CAAGCACUGUAUAAAAGUCCCCACCACCCCACACUGCACAGUCCACAUCCUUCAUCCUUCACUGAACCUCACUGAAGAUCAGGCUCUUCAAAUCACCCAAGAUGUCUUUCAGCGAUCAACAGUGUAAGCAACCAUGCAUGCCACCUCCAUGUCUUCAAAAGACCCAAGAAAAGUGCCAGGCACAAGCUGAGGAUGUGUGUGUCCCCUCAUGUCAGGACCCCUGCCAAGAUAAAUGUCCACAACAAGCUCAAGAGGUAUUUGUUCCUCAGUGCCAGGAGUUAAGCUCAGGAAACUGCCCACAACAAGGCCAAGAACCAUGCCUACCUCCAAGCCAAGACCAGUGCCUGCCUCAGCUCGUGGAGCCAUGCCAGGAUUUGGCCCAAACAAAAUGUGUGGAAGAGUUCCCACAGAAGGUCCAGGAGAAGUGUUUGUCCCAGGGCAAAGCAAAGUAGCUGAUCAAAUGCCAUCUGGAGUCAAGAAGAUGGCCAGCAGAAGAAAAUCCAAGCCCAGUCCCUACUCUGGCGAUUUCUCCUGUGGGAAUCUCUGUAUAAUAUACCUUCUUGUCUCCUGACUUCCUUAGUAUUUCAGGACUUGGUCUGCCUCUGAAAAUAGUUCUCUGUAUUUUAAAACCUCUGUGAAUAAGUGUUCUUCUUGGCAGCUGGUGGACGGUUUCUACUAUAGGAGUGGUAUGCUAUCAAGGCAGACCACCAAACCCUAACACAGCAAUCCUGGAGAGAAAAGUCACCUAGUCCUUGGUACGUAACCAAGAUGCCUUCAUUCAUCUUUCAGAACGCAAGGCUCUCUUUCAGCCUCAAAACUGUCUGAAUUUAAUGGCGUUGUGCUGAGCAUCACCAAUACAAUGGGUGUUAAGAGGAUGGUGAUGCUACAGAAUCAAAAAUGCUGUAAUUUUGUUUCUGCAUCCCAACGAAAAAAAUCAGUCAACAUUGCAAUGGGGUCUGUGCUUUGUAAAAUUGAAACAAAACAUUUGAAAAGACUGAAUUCAAACAGCCAAUAAGGAAACACAAGUUAGGAUCUUUGGAUCUUUGUCAAUCUUUAUGCUUUGUAGAUGGUCUGCUUUGGACCAUUUGGUUUGAGAGUACUUUGGACACCACAUGUGGUCUUUAGCUUAUGUUUAUGUGAUAGGAGCUGUUUGUCUGCAACUUGCUUGCCUUUUUG